AUGUUUGGAGGAUUCGCACCGCCCCAGUUCUCCAAGGAGGAGCUCGAACAGCACGAGGCCGAAGCUGCAUUCACCGUCCAACAGUUCCUCGCUGCGGCUGUUGCUCUCUACUUUGCUCCCUUCGCCGUCGAUGCCGUAUCUAGCAUAUUCUAA